AACAUUGAGGAAAUAGACGGGUCCAACGACGGUCCAAAACAGUACGCACAACCGUUCGCUCAAAAUGUCGAAAUCGUCUGUAAUGAAAAUAAAAAGCGUGAACGCAGUAAAGGUGGAGAACUUCCACCAGUCUCUGUAUCAACAGGCAGAUGAUCUGUUUUCCAACUACAUCCCAUUGAAGAUUUCUCAGCUGGACAAGCUGCUGAAGGAGGAUGAUCUCAACAUCCCAGACCUGUCCACUCUCCAAGCCCCUCUGGACAUCCCCAUACCAGACCCUCCCACUGCGGAGGAUGAGGAAAUGGAGACUGACGAGAAUGAUGACAAGAAGAAGAAGAAGAAGAAAGCUCCAAGCUGUGGCUUCAUCAAAGGGAAUGAGAAGAUUGUGAAGCUGCUGGACAGAGUGAAACCAGAGAUCCUAUCACUGAGAGAGACCAUCAUUACAGUGUCCUGCUGGAUUCAGCAUCUCAUCCCCAAAAUAGAGGAUGGGAACGACUUUGGCGUUGCAAUCCAGGAGAAAAUCUUGGAGAGAAUAGCUGCAGUGAAGACAAAAGUGGACGGCUUCCACACCAACAUGAACAAGUACUUUUCAGAGAGGGGGGAUGCAGUGGCCAAAGCCUCCAAGGCAACUCAUGUGAUGGACUACCGCUCACUGGUCCAUGAGAAGGAUGAGGCUGUCUACUCUGACAUCAGAGUCAUCCUCCUGGACAUCCGUGGCUUCUAUGUGGAACUGUAUGACAUCAUCAGCAAGAACCUGGAAAAAGUGACCAAUCCGAAAGGAGAAGAGAAGCCCUCAAUGUACUGAGAUGCAUGAGAGGAGGAGGGAGGAGCCUGGUCCCAGAUUUCCUUGUACUCUUUCCUACUCUAUUGCUAUUUGGCAUGUUAGCACAAAACAGACCGGCUCCCAGGUGAAGGGAUGAAGAAGAAUGAGAGAAUAGUGGGGUUGAAUUCAUUUCAACCAUGUGAUCUUUUCCAGGUGUAUACUACAAUACCAAUCAAAAUCAGUCCCGUUUGAACAUCAGCAACAAAGCUGUUUCUAUUUGUACCAUCAGCCCUUCUAUUUGUACCAUCAGCCACAGUGUCCAGAUUAGCCAGUUGUCUUUUCAUGCCAAUAAACUCAUCUUAAUAUUGAA